CAUCUCUUCCGAAAUCUUAAGAUAUCUCGGAACUUUGCUAAGUUGAUAAGAAAGACAUUGUUAGUCUGCAAAUUACAAAAAAUAGCUUUUUCCCCCACAGCGAAGAAGAUAGACGAAAGAAAAGCGGUGAUUUUGUCAAUCGGAUCGGCAGGUUCUUCCGGUUGGAAUGCCCUUCACGAGCUGGAGUUUGGAGACAUGUGCAACCGGGUUCCAAUUUUCAAGCAAUGAAAGCGUGUUUCGCCAGUAUUUUCGUCCGGUUUAAGCAACAGCGUUGAGGUUGUUACUAUUACGUGAACCCACGACGGCCAAGCAAGUGGCAACGAGCUGUAAAGCGCGAUAUGUGACUAAGGCUGUGGGUACAUUUCGACUUUGUGUUUUCGAAUCGAAAGUGACGUUUCGAGGAGAACAAAUGGAUCAAGUUCUAGCGCAGAACGCUGUAUACUUGAAACAAGAUCAGGGUGUGACAGUAUGGGCGUUUGGGGUGAUGAUCACACUAAGAUUAUUCGGGAAGGAUACCGGUGCCCAUUUCGCCGUUCAUGAGGAUGUUAUCAUGCCUGGCCUGGGGCCCCCAACUCACCACCACACACGCGAGGACGAAUACUGGUACGUAGUGGAAGGGAAGAUGAAACGGACAAGAGGAGACGAGGUUUUCCAUGCGACAAAAGGCUCCAUUAUCCAACUCCCCAAGAAUGUGCCACACAACAUGGUCAAUUACGGCGACACUCUUGCACGGAUGGUGGUCACUUACCCUCCUGCAGGAUCCGAGAACUGGUUCCUGGACAUCGGAGAGCCGGUGAAGGAGGAGUCCACACUCACAAACGUUGAAGAUUAGUGAACUUGGAUGUGAAUAGCUCCAAUAUGCAACGUUUGUUCUCGUUGUAUAAGGAAUAUCUCGUUAUGCAGACAUGAUUGAUAGGCAGUAGAAGUCUUGAAACACACAUGGAUAGAUUUAGUGUCACAUAAGUUGUCGAAUGCGUACUUUGUAAUGUCCAUUAACAUGUAAAAAAGUUCAAGCGUUCACUACAAUAACUCAGGGUUAGAGAUCUCUUGUCACAAUGAGUCAACCGACUCCUACAGAAGGCUGAGAGCAAUGAAAGACCGGCAGGGUAACUUUCCUAGA